CUAAGUGGUGAGGAGUGGGACUUUGGUCGUGCACCUGACGCCACGAUGGACGACUAUCCGAUGUAUGGGUUGCUUGUUGGGUUCUCCCUCUGGGGGACCCUCUGGCGUCUCCUCUUUCCUCUGGGUUUUUGGCCCACUUUCACGUGUAGAGUAGGGCCCACUCGUGGUGGUGCUUCCACCAACCCUUACACGAAGGAGGAGGAGAAGAUGGCCGCCAUUCUGCAUGAGAGGAAGGAGAAGAAAGAGGCCAAGGGGAAAGCCUUGAAGGAGGAGCAGGCGGCCAAAUUGAAGAAGAUAGAAGAAGAGAUGGCUAGAGAGAAGGAGAGGAUACAGAAAGAGGAGGAAGCAAAGUUGAAGGAGGUGGAAGAAGAAGAGGAGGAAGAUGAUCAGCCACUGGAGAGGAGAAGAGAACAGCGAGGGCAGUACAGUGGCAGCAAAGAUGAUGAGAUGGAGAAGCGAAUCUCAGAGUGGGUCGCCAACUUGUCCCUGGGAGAAGAAGAAGAGGUAGCCAUGUAUAUCCCCAAGGACGAGCAGGAAGCCGCUAUGAAGGAGUGGGAAGCAGAAAGGGAUGUUGUGAGGCGGCAUGCAAUGGAGGAUGAAAAAAGGAUGGAGUGGAAGUUGAGAGUGAUGAGGGAAAAGAAGAGGAAAGUGGACGCGGCGAUUGACGCGGU